AUGGCUAUGUACUACUAUGCUACCAAGCUAUCGGCAGUCGCAUGCGGAACUCGCUGCCGGCAAGGAUUAGCGCGCCGCCAGCGCUCGAAUCGCGCCCACCGACAGCAGCCGGGCCAGCCCGGUGGCGGCGGCUCAGGCGGGGCCGGUGGUAGCGGCUCCGGCGGAGGCUCCGGCAGCAAGAAGGACGACGAUGAAGACUCCGACGAUAAUAGCAAAGAUAAAAAGACCCUCUCCAGUUUCUUCUGCGAGUCCACAAACGAUACCAUUGUGGUAUCGGUAAAGUCGUCCGAGCAGCCGGAAGUGUAUUGCGAAAGUAUGCCACCCCUUGCGCACGAGGGCAGCCUCGGGACGGGCGGCGUGAUGUACGGUAACGGUACCAUCGUGUCCGGUCCGCUGGCAUCGCUAAUAGAUUUACUGAUGCCCAGCAGCGUGGAAGAAUUCGAUCAGGAGUACGUCUUUUCGUUUCUGCUGUCGGCGCGCUUUUUCGUCCGCUCCUUCGAGUUGAUGGGGAAAUUGCUGGAAUCGAUACCGGACCCGGAACCGCUCGAACGGAUCGUGCCCCUGCUCGGCGUGUGGACGAAGAUGUUCCCGUACGACUUUCGCGAUGAGCGCAUGAUGAAUCACGUGAAACAUAUCGUAGCUAGAUGUGCGGAUACCGACCUAGCCAGUGUGGUGUCCCAACUACUGUGUGCCUUGUUAGCUCGACUUACGCAGCUCGAAAACCACGAGGAAGAACUCAAAAGCUAUCAAUCAACCGUAGACAAUAAGACUGAAUCCAUCACCUGGCCAAAAACGGCCGCCCAGUUGGCGCAGCUACUGUGCCGCAUCGAGCGGAAGCUGGCCAAACACGUCGGCCCGGAGGAGUUCGUGCAGUGCAGCCCCAACCUGCUGAAGGACCCGAACCGUGAGGACUUUCCGACGCCCGUGCCGCCCCAAAGCAGUGCCACCGGAAGCGGUCCCGGUGGGACCUCGCUCGACAGCAAGAAAACGUGCAAUCUAGAGAGCUACCUGGAGUGGUCGGCCCGAUUGCGGUUGCUGGUUGCUAAUGAAAUUUUAAAGUGCCAAAACAUCCAGGAUCGCAACAAACAGUUUGAGCUGUGGAGUGGCGCCGCCCAGUACUGUCUCUUGGUCGGCAACUACAACAGCGCCACGGCCAUACUGGAAUCGUUCGACCUGCCUCCGGUGGCCCGGCUGCAAGUAACGUGGAGCAAACUGUCAACGACUACGAGCCAGCAGCUGGACUGCAUGCAGCGGCACGCCGAGGGCUGUGGUAAUCUUUGGAGCAAACAAACGGAGCAGCAGCAGCACCUUCCAUCCGGUGGGACCGACAGGCGGCGUAGUGCUCUGAAGGCACCCAGCAGCGGCAGCAGCAGCGGAAGCAGCGGCUUUCCGAAGCCGUCCACCGGUUCGGUGUCGAGGUCCAGCUCCAACUCCAACGAAUGGGUAGUGAUUCCGGUCUUUGUCGAUAUUAUUAAACUAGCCCUGAAGGCGCGGGAGGACUGCUGCGUUAGGCUGCCGAACGGUCACAUAAAUAUGACGGCGUUCGAUCGGUUGGCGGCCAUCGUCGGGGCGUUCACGAGGCACAUGAAUCAGGUCAACCAGACGCUACCGGAUGUCGGCGAGUACGCGAUACUGUGCCAAUUUAUGCAGAGCUGUAAACUUCUCAACGAAACAGAGCUGAUGCUGGCCUCGUUCGAGUGCGAAGCCCCGACGUUGGCCGAGAAGGAACUGUACGACGUUGCCUAG